AAUUGCUGGGAAAAUACAGCGACAAAUGAUGCACCGAGGAAAAGGUCACAACUCUGCAAGGGAUUGGAAUACAGCUGCAACUUUAGCCUCGAACGAUCAUAAACCACAAUGCAAGAGUUCUUCAGCGUGCUGCUGCCGGAUGUGAAAAAGGAGCUGCGUCGUGCAAUAAUUGAGUGCUCAAAACGAGGUCUGCUGCACAGCACCAAAUGGCUGGCGGAGAUGCAUCAUGGCCUGAGCGAUGUUAACAUCGACAACGCGGCGCCAGACGAUGAUCAUUCGUUUAGCGAGUGCCAGCUGGAGGGCAUUGCGCCCGCCGAGUACAGCGAUUACUUUCUGGCCAAAAGCUAUUACGAUGUGCGUGAAUAUGAUAGGGCCGCGCACGCGGUAAGGAACUGCGAGUCGAGCGUGCCACGUUUUCUGCAUCUCUACUCCACGUACAUGGCGCGCGAGAAGCGACGCCUUGACUCCACCACAGAUCAGGCGAAUCUCAAUGAGCCAAAUCAAAUGCGUGACUUGGCCGAUCUGCUGGCCACGCUGCGCGCAGAGCAUGGACGCAGUCGCUUAGAUGGCUAUGGCAUCUAUUUGUAUGGCGUGGUGCUUAAGGCAUUGAAUCUAAAUAAAGCAGCCGAGCAAAUGCUUCUGAGUGCGGUGCGUCUGGUGCCCAUGCUGUGGAGCGCCUACCUGGAGCUAUCGCCGCUUAUUAUGGAGAAAAAGAAGCUGCUGAGCCUGCAGUUGGGCGGCCAUUGGAUGCGUCAUUUCUUCAUGGCACACACAUAUCUGGAGCUGUAUUUAAAUGAUGAUGGACUUAAGAUCUACGAGGAUCUACAGGCGGCGGGCUUCAGCAAGAGCAUCUAUCUAACUGCCCAAAUGGCGCUGGUCUAUCAUAAUAAGCGAGAUGUGGACAAGGCCAUCGAGUUGUUUCAGGCCUUGCUCGAGAGCGAUCCCUAUCGCCUGGACAAUGUGGAUACCUACUCCAAUUUGCUGUUCGUCAAGGAGAUGAAAACAGAAAUGGCCCAACUGGCGCACAAGGCUGUUAGCAUUAACAAAUAUCGACCCGAGACCUGCUGUGUUAUAGGCAACUACUAUAGCAUACGCUGUGAUCAUCAGGUGGCCAUUUCAUAUUUUCAGCGCGCUUUAAAACUUAAUCCCAAGUAUUUGGCCGCCUGGACCCUGAUGGGCCAUGAAUUUAUGGAGCUGAAAAACACAAAUGCUGCGAUUCAAAGCUACCGCAAAGCGGUGGAGGUCAAUAAACGUGACUAUCGUGCCUGGUAUGGCCUGGGCCAGGCCUAUGAGAUUAUUAAAAUGCAUUAUUAUAGUUUAUAUUAUUUUAAAAUUGCCCACCAAUUGCGUCCGUAUGAUUCGCGCAUGUUGGUCGCACUGGGCGAGACCUACGAGAAGCUGGACAAAUGCGAGAAUUCGGUCAAGUGCUAUUGGAAGGCCUGCGAUGUGGGUGACAUUGAGGGCAUAGCCAUGUACAAGCUGGCGAGCCUGCACGAGAAGCUGGGCGACAAUGAGACGGCCGUUCAUUGUUAUAUUAUGUACUGCGAGGACGAACGCGCGGCCACCGAUAAGCAGAGCCUCUACCAGGGCUUUAUGACGCUGGCCAACUACUAUGAGAAGAAGUGUGACUAUGAACGUGCCGCUUACUAUGCUUACAAGUGCCUGGACUCGGAUGAUCGCAAAACGGAGGCCAAGGCGCUGCUAAAGACCAUUGACUCACGGCGCAGUGCCGAGUGCCAAAAGAAGAAGUCCACAACGGUGGUGGCCACGGCGGAGACCAGUUCCGAGGAUGAAAUGGAAUGGGAGCAGCUGGAUGUGCGUGUGCGCGUACCAUUCACCUCAAUAGCUGACAAAUCAACCUCAACAUCAACGGCUGCCGCCAACGCCGCAGGCCCCUCAACAUCAGCCAGCAGCACACGACGACUGCGUUCGGUGCCAGAGCGUGUACGCCGCCCCCAGCCUAGUCAACGUAGUCUGAUUGGACCUACGGCAAACAGCACGGCAACCGCAACAACAACAACGACGACAACAACAAUACCAACGAUUAGCGAGGAGACGCCGGGAAGCAGUACAGCGGCAACCGAAACGCUGGAGGAUAUAACGCCGGGCACAGCGACAUCCGAACAGCAGGGAACAACACACGAUGGCAGCUCCAUGGAAAUAUCGAGCGUGUCCAUUGAUUAAAUGUACACAUGACACAUUUAUGUUUCUUGUGAAUUAUAUUGAAAAUUACUUAAUUAAUGCGUUGAGCAAUGAUGAUGUGCUUUAAAUCAAGGCUAUGAACC